AUGGCAUCUUUCAACAAAUUAAAAAAUGUGCUAAUGCUGGCAUUUGACUGGAUUCUGUACAGUGCUGGUGGUGCAGAUACCUGCCAAGUCAAGGUAACACAACCCAGAUUUCAGGAAGCUGACUCCUCCAUGCAAACUGUGUUCCUAUCAUGUGCUUUCUCUGCCUCUGGAUGCUCCUUGUUCCCACCUCAAGUUCUAUGGUUUCGCUUUUUAACUAACAAACAUGAGGAUUUGUGUAUUCCUGAGUGCAAAAAGCAGCAGAAGUUCAAAGUACAUUUUUUUUCAGAAAAAAACAUUUCACUUCAGAUCAACGAUCUGACUGUAGAUGACAAUGCUGUUUAUAUCUGUGGAAUAUCAUUUUCAAAUUCAAGUUCACCGCAUGCUAAACAAACAGGAGAUGGAACAGUACUAACGAAAACAGAGGAAACGCAGCAUGGCAAUGGAAAACUCGUCUUCAUCUUCCUGAUCAUCGCCUCAUCCUUAAUGUUUCUAUACAGCACUACUGUAUUCACAUUCUUUGCAGUCUACAAGUUAAAACCAGAGCUGCUAAAGAAAAGCAGGAACGAAGACCAAAGAACAGAGAACUGUAAAAUCAAUAGCGGACGAAAAAUUUUUCAAGCAAUUGCCCAAGAACUUCAAAAGCAGAAGUAUGCUGAACGUUACCAACAGCCUGAUGAUUUGGAAGAUGACAAUGUUUAUCAGAACAGAUGA